AUACCAUUCAAAAGGCGAACCAUCGUAAGGCACUUUUCAGUUGCGGCCACAAAUUCGCAUUUAGUAGCCCGACGUGCUGUUGCCAAGCUGAGCCGUGUCCUCUGCUAAGCAUGCUGGUGUGCGUUUCUGCUUGGCUGGGUGCAGUUCCCUCUCCAAAAGGAUUGGAUUCAGCACUUGGGCAGCCCUUCUCCACAGCAGAAAAAGGCAAGUCAAAGCAAGAACACGUUGUUUGUGGCAGAGCUGUUUCCCCAAUGGGCGUAUUGUAAAGACUAGCUGUUAUUGUAAGUGAUCAGAUAAAACUUGGUAUACAGAGUGCUUUGCAAGUGCCGAGCAUAAGAAACAAAUUAUUGAUGGUUCCUGUCGCAGCAACUGUUUUUUAAUUUCAUUUACAGGCAGCUGUGGCUUCCCCCGAUUUGGCUACAGGCAACCGCUGCAAAAAAUUGGGAUGUAUAUUUAAAGCAUCUAGUUAUUCAUCUAUGUAACUGAAUUUGUUUGUUUGAUUCUUUAGAUCAUGUAAUAGUCUUUUGAUAUGCCAUCAAUCCAAAUCAAAACAAACUAUAGCCAGUGUUUUAACAUGUCCCCUUCUGAUCACUACUGUCCCCAUAUGAUUAUUCAGUUCCCAGUGUAAUGUGAUCAGCACAGCAUUAGACGUCAUGGAGUUGGAAGUAAUCCAACUAUGAACUGUUGUCCCUGGGGUGUAAUUCGGCCAGCCUCUCUGCUCUUCAUUCUACCUGAAGUGCUUUGUGUGUGUAUGUGUGUGCAAAGCUUUUGACUCCAGAUUACUAAUAGGAUUCAGUCGGUACUCUUUUGCCCAUCCCAACAGCUUAACAAGUAAGAGAAAUUGUUGAUUGUUCUACAUCCAUGUUAAGAUGCUACCACAUUUUUUGAAAUUAAGGGACUUAAGGAUGCCCAUAGUAAGAGUAUGUAAUUGUAAGAAACAUUGCAGGAGUCUUAAUACUGACUAGACAGUGUAUGCCCAAUGUUUGGCUUCUAAUCAAGAUUUUUAUUACAUUUUAGGUUAAAGUCAAAUCUAAUCAUUCUAUUAUUGAGUCACUUCUUUUUCCCCUCCAAGUUAUUAGCUCUUUUUUUUUUUCCCCCAUCAUUGACCUAAGACUUCCCACUUCUGACCGUAGAUGCCUGAGUUUUGUUCAAGUGGCAAACCAAUGCAGGGCGACUGGCAAGUAUGUCAUUUCACGUGUCAGCGUUCUGCCUUGCAUCCGGGUCUGUGAUUGGUUCUCUACACAUUACUGUGGUCAUGUGCUGAUGCUCCUAGCAAAUGUGGAUAGAGCUAGUACUCUCAUCUUCCAACAAGCAAUGUGUCUAAAAGCUAUUUUGAGCUGUUUUUUUUUUCUCUCCUGUCCUGUUCAAAGGGAAUGAUGUCAUUAAUUAGUCCCAGUACUAGAAUUGGCAAAUAUCUCCAAACACAUUAAGGAAAUAAAAUGUAUGUAUCUUCAAGUUAAUACAAACAAAUCCGGCGCACGCUAGUUUACUCACUGAGCUAUGCAUGGCAAGAGACAAUGUAGUUCUCUGAAAUGUGCUGGGUUUUUGUUUAUUUUCCUACAGAUGUCUCUCUUUUUUUAUUUCCUUCACUAUUUGAUACCCUUAAGUGCCCCCCUACCCAAAGUCUCCAUUGUCAGGACUGGCUCUGCAUGUGGCCUUUGCUGCCCAUCAGCGGACUCUAACGCCCGGCCUUUUUAUUUGCUUGUGUGCAGGAAUAAAAAAGUAUGUUGUCGGUCUGAUUAUCAAGACGUCGUCUGAUGCAGCAACUGUCGAGAAAGAGAAGGUAUACAUAGGAAAGCUAAACAUGAUCCUGGUGCAGAUCCUGAAGCAGGAGUGGCCCAAGCACUGGCCAACCUUCAUCAGCGACAUUGUGGGUGCGAGCCGCACCAGCGAGAGCCUGUGCCAGAACAACAUGGUUAUCCUAAAACUGCUGAGCGAGGAGGUGUUUGACUUCUCCAGUGGCCAAAUGACCCAGGUCAAAGCCAAGCAUCUAAAAGACAGCAUGUGUAAUGAAUUCUCCCAGAUUUUCCAGCUCUGCCAGUUCGUCAUGGAAAAUUCCCAGAAUGCCCCACUGGUCCACGCCACUUUAGAAACACUGCUUCGGUUUCUUAACUGGAUCCCUCUGGGCUACAUAUUUGAAACCAAGCUCAUCAGCACCCUCGUGUAUAAGUUUCUAAACGUGCCCAUGUUCCGAAACGUGACGCUGAAGUGCCUGACCGAGAUUGCAGGUGUGAGCGUGAGUCAGUACGAGGAGCAGUUUGUCACGCUGUUUACACUCACCAUGAUGCAACUCAAACAGAUGCUUCCUCUGAACACCAACAUCCGCCUGGCCUACGCAAACGGCAAGGACGACGAGCAGAACUUCAUCCAGAACCUGAGCCUGUUCCUCUGCACCUUCCUCAAGGAGCACGGCCAGCUCAUCGAGAAGCGCCUCAAUCUGCGGGAGACCCUCAUGGAGGCACUGCACUACAUGCUGCUGGUCUCUGAGGUGGAGGAGACGGAGAUUUUCAAGAUCUGUCUGGAGUACUGGAACCACCUGGCGUCCGAGCUGUACCGCGAGAGCCCCUUCUCCACCUCCACCUCGCCACUCCUGUCAGGCAGCCAGCACUUCGACGUGCCCCCUAGGAGGCAGCUCUAUCUGCCCGUCCUCUCCAAGGUGCGUUUGCUGAUGGUAAGCCGCAUGGCCAAGCCCGAGGAGGUGCUGGUGGUGGAGAAUGACCAGGGCGAGGUGGUGCGCGAGUUCAUGAAGGACACCGAUUCCAUCAACCUCUACAAGAACAUGAGGGAGACGCUGGUCUACCUGACUCACUUGGACUAUGCGGACACUGAACGCAUCAUGACGGAGAAGCUUCACAACCAGGUGAACGGGACCGAGUGGUCCUGGAAGAACCUGAACACGCUGUGUUGGGCCAUCGGCUCCAUCAGUGGGGCCAUGCACGAGGAGGACGAGAAGAGGUUCCUGGUCACAGUCAUCAAGGACCUCCUGGGCCUGUGUGAGCAAAAGAGGGGUAAGGACAACAAGGCCAUCAUCGCCUCCAAUAUCAUGUAUAUCGUGGGCCAGUACCCACGAUUCCUGCGCGCCCACUGGAAGUUCCUCAAGACUGUCGUCAACAAACUCUUUGAGUUCAUGCACGAAACCCAUGAUGGCGUGCAGGACAUGGCCUGCGACACGUUCAUCAAGAUCGCCCAGAAGUGCCGGCGACACUUUGUCCAGGUGCAGGUGGGUGAGGUGAUGCCCUUCAUCGACGAGAUCCUCAACAACAUCAACACCAUCAUCUGUGACCUCCAGCCGCAGCAGGUGCACACGUUCUACGAGGCGGUGGGCUACAUGAUCAGCGCAAGUAACGACCAGGCCACGCAGGAGCACCUGAUCGAGAAGUACAUGCUCCUGCCCAACCAGGUGUGGGACAGCAUCAUCCAGCAGGCGACCAAAAACGUGGACAUCCUGAAGGACCCAGAGACGGUAAAGCAGCUGGGCAGCAUCCUGAAGACCAACGUGCGGGCCUGCAAGGCCGUUGGCCACCCCUUCGUCAUCCAGCUGGGGCGCAUCUACCUGGACAUGCUCAACGUCUACAAGUGUCUGAGCGAGAACAUCUCCGCUGCCAUCCAGACCAAUGGUGAGAUGGUGACGAAGCAGCCUCUAAUAAGGAGUAUGAGGACGGUGAAGCGGGAGACGCUAAAGCUGAUCUCCGGCUGGGUCAGCCGCUCCAAUGACCCCCAGAUGGUGGGGGAGAAUUUUGUUCCUCCGCUUCUGGAUGCCGUGCUCAUCGAUUACCAGCGGAAUGUUCCGGCUGCCAGGGAGCCCGAAGUGCUCAGCACGAUGGCAACCAUCGUAAAUAAACUUGGCGGGCACAUCACCACGGAAAUCCCACAGAUUUUUGAUGCUGUCUUCGAGUGCACUCUGAACAUGAUCAACAAGGACUUUGAGGAAUACCCCGAGCACAGGACGCACUUCUUCUACCUGCUCCAGGCGGUCAACUCCCACUGCUUCCCAGCAUUCCUGGCCAUCCCCCCAGCCCAGUUCAAGCUGGUGCUAGACUCCAUCAUCUGGGCCUUCAAGCACACCAUGAGGAAUGUGGCUGACACGGGUCUGCAGAUCCUGUACACGCUGCUGCAGAAUGUGGCGCAGGAGGAGGCUGCAGCCCAGAGCUUCUACCAGACCUACUUCUGUGACAUCCUCCAGCACAUAUUUUCAGUUGUCACAGAUACGUCGCAUACUGCUGGUCUGACGAUGCACGCCUCCAUCCUGGCCUACAUGUUCAACCUGGUGGAGGAGGGCAAGAUCAACACGACCCUGAACCCCUCCAGCCCAGUCAACAACCAGGUGUUCAUCCAGGAGUAUGUGGCCAACCUGCUCAAGACCGCCUUCCCUCACCUGCAAGAUGCCCAGGUGAAGGUGUUUGUAACAGGCCUCUUCAGCUUGAACCAGGACAUCCCCGCUUUCAAGGAGCACCUGAGGGACUUCCUGGUGCAGAUUAAGGAGUUUGCAGGUGAAGAUACAACAGACCUGUUCCUGGAGGAGCGGGAGGCGUCUCUCAGACAGGCCCAGGAGGAGAAGCACAAGCUUCAGAUGUCUGUGCCCGGCAUCCUGAACCCCCACGAGAUCCCUGAGGAGAUGUGUGACUGAGCUGUCCCCCUCUCACUCACACACACACACAUAAACACAUACACACACACACACACACCACAGUCUCAAUCGCAAACACUCAUACACUUACACACCUACACCUGUACAUAAGGACACAAAUGAAAAACUAAAAUAUACACAACCGAGAGAGCUGAGUGCUGAGGCGGCACAUCUUCCCUGGGCAGCCUGAGUGUGUGUGUGUGUGUGUGUGUGUGUAUAUGUGCGUACAUGCUCUUUGACGAUUGUGUGUGUGUGUGUAUGCGUGUAGUUAGCCUGUCUUGUGGAGAGGUAAGAUCAGCACUCGGGUGGUUGUCGACCAAAACAAUGCCAAUAUGUAAAUGCUACUCACCCAGUGGCCCUUUUUACAUAGUAUGCGUUUUAUAUGGAGACCUGUGUAAUAUCUUUGCAUUGUUCAUUCAAGCAUACAGUUGGACAUACCUGAACUAUGAGCUGCAUGAGGUUGUAAGAAUUAGACAUUUUAAAAUUUUGCUUUUGUUUGCCCUAACAACUCACU